UCUACAACGGCGGAUAUGUAAACAAAAUUCAAUUGUUAUUGUUAGAUAUAAGCAGAAUAUUCAGUGAUUGAAACUUGAAUUUAUCAAAUAGAAAAUAACACAAUAUGAAUUUAAGUCUUCAACGACGUUUAGCCUCGGCCGUAAUGCGUUGCGGUCAAGGUAAAGUUUGGCUUGAUCCAAAUGAAACGAAUCAAAUUGCCAAUGUAAAUUCACGUAUGAAGAUCCGACAAUUAAUUAAAGAUGGUUUAAUAAUAAAGAAACCGGUAGCAGUUCAUUCACGGAGUCAUAUACGUCAACGGAAAAUCGCUAAAUUAAAAGGACGUUAUCGUGGUUUUGGUAAACGUAAAGGUACAAUGAAUGCACGUAUGCAUCGUGACGUAUUAUGGUGUACACGUAUGCGGGUAUUACGUAAUUUAUUGAAAAAGUAUCGGGAAAAGAAGAAAAUUGAUAAACAUUUGUAUCAUAAAUUAUACUUGCAGGUGAAAGGUAAUAUAUUCAAAAAUCGCCGUGUACUUAUUGAACAUAUACACAAGAAGAAAGCGGAGCAAGCCCGUACAAAGAUGUUACGUGAUCAAACUGAAGCGUAUCGUGCACGUGCUAAAGAAGCGCGUCGACGACGUGCCGAACGUAUAAAUGCUAAAAAAAUUGCAAUUCAAAUGGGUACACCUGAAAAACAAUCGUAAACUUAAUACUUAAUUUAAU